ACCUUGUAACUGUAAAAUAGUGCCAUCUACUACUAUACAUAGCACGGAGCAUUUAUUGUUGUUACAUCAUUUACAAACUUCAUCUUUCUUGCUGUUAAACCAAACUUGCAUAACCAAUACUGCUAAGUUAAUCUUGCAAAUUUCUUGCCAUAUGGAUCUACAAAGACCUGAGCCAUGCCCAAAACCUUCUAUGGACAUUCAAACAGAAAGGAGACAGACAGAAAAGGAAGAUCAAAAACACCAACAUGACUCAGUUCCUCAUCUCUUACUAGAUCUAAGUCUCUCCAACAAAGAUUCAGGUGAUGCCUCAAAGCCAGAACUCAACCUCCUCAAUUGUUUCCAUACAAAUUUAUCUGAAAACUCUUCAGAAUCUAGUCAUGGGAAUGAAAUGGAUCCCCGGGUUUUCUCAUGCAACUACUGCCAAAGAAAAUUCUAUAGUUCCCAAGCACUUGGAGGACACCAAAAUGCACACAAACGUGAAAGAACUUUGGCGAGAAGAGGAUACAAAACUGGUGCUUCAGUUUCAGUAGAUUUUGGACAGAGGAACACCACUAUGGCUUCUCUGUCUUCACAUGGCUUAUACAACAAAUCACUUGGAAUUCAGGUUCAUUCAAUGAUCAAUAAACCUUCUUAUCAAACACCCUUUUUUGGGUUAUGCCGUUCCCAUGGCCAAAAUGGGUGGCAGAGACAACCUUUGGAUUCUCAACCAGCAAUUGGGAACUUUCAUGUGGGGCCAGAAACUGAAUCAUCCAUGGCUGAUACUGUUCCAAGGUUAAGCAAGUUUUCUACAAGGGUGGUGACAGAAGGAUUUGGAGGUUACUGGUUGGGUAGCAUUACUCAUUUGAAGUCUAAACAAGAGAAGUUGCAGAAGCUUGACUUAUCCCUCAAGCUCUAAGUAGUUACCCUCCAAC